AUGUUUCCUGAUGGGAUAAUAAAGUGGAACUGUUCUAGUUCUUUUUUUGAGGGUGAACUGCUCCUGGAGGUGAUUUAUAGAGUUUUUUCCCUAAGUGUUGUCUGUAACGAAAUUAAAGUUGUUGUGAUGGGACCCCACAAAAAUAAUAAUACCAAAUCAUUAAUUCCCAAUCCCCAAAAUUCCAUUCCCAAACGAUCCCCAAAUCACCCCCCAAAAUCCCCACCCAAAAACUCUUUCCCCCACGCAAAUGGCGUCAUUCCCCCAGAUCCAUUUCCCUUCCCGUCCAUUUUCCCCCUAAAAACCGUCUCCCACCCCCCGCAAAUGGCGUCAUUCCGCCAGAUCCAUUUCCCUUCCCGGCCAUUUUCCCCCCAAAAACCAUCCCCACCCCCCACCCGCCCCCUAAAACCCCCAAAAAACCCCCCACCACCGAUAAACAAUAAGUCCACCGCCGAAGCGACCGGAAGUGCUCCCAAAUCCCCAACAACGCGCGUCAACUGUCCUCCCAUAUUUCCCCUAGAAUUCCCCAAAAACUCCCUAAUCCACCGUUUACCCCACCUCCCGUGGCCCAAUCACCUCCACAAAACCGUUUUUCAUCGUUUCCUCGAAUCAUUAAAUCCCCAGAAAACCCCCAACCGCCAUUUUGACUCGUUCCACUGCUCGCCUGGUCCGCUGAUGGUGCUACAUGCGUGGUGCUAG